AUGUCAUUAAUGAAAGGCAUGGAUCCGAACCCAUACAUGAUUCAAAGAGCACAAAGCGGACAAGUUGAUGAAAUACAACAAAGAUUAAAGGGAACGAGAAACCCUUUGAAUCACACAAGUAGAUCACAAUUCAUCAAGAUACACAAAGAUGCCUGGAAUAAUCUUGAAUUACAGAAUAAGGAUAAAAAACACAUGCUAACAACCUCAACCACAAAGAGUAGCUUGACCAAGGAGCCAUCGACCAUGCAAUCAUCGACAUUGGAACCAAUCUUGAUUCGCGAUCUAUUGGUCGAACAUACUCACACUGGUAGAGUGUUGAUAGUCAAAAGUGUAGUAGAGUCGUACAAGAUGAAUGCAAUUCAUCUACUCGUAGAAGACCAGGACGCCCAUACCUAUCAACCAGAUUCAUCGGCAUUACAAGUCUCCCUUUACAACUUUGUAUUGCAGGGAAACAACGGAUCAAUUAAGGCCCAAAUCAACGCAGCCUUUCCAGUUGGAGUGGUAUUAGCUAUCAAGGAACCCUAUUUCAAGGUUACUGUAGCUGGUAACUUGGCUGUUCGUGUUGAUAAUCCAAGUGAUGUAGAGAUUAUUGAGGACCCUAAUUAUCCUCAUCUCUACAGCCAAAAAUGGAAAGAUCCGCUGAUUGCUAGUAUACCAAAGGAUAUUGAAGGAUGGCGUGUCAGAGGAAACGAUUAUUAUAACAAACAAAACUAUGAACGUGCUCUUGGAUGUUAUGGUUCAGCUCUUCAAAUCGACCCAGACCAUAAUAUUAUGCUGCUCAACAAACUUGCAGCAUUAUUGGCACUCAAGAGAUACCAUGAAUGUAUUCCACUCGGUCAUUUGCUCUUGUCAAAGAUACCCAAUGAACUAAAGGUCUAUGCUAGAAUGGCCAAGUCGUAUUACAGUCUCGGUCUCUAUGAACAGGCCUUGGAAUACUACCAACAACUAUUGACACUAUCACCAAAGAAUCAAGAAGCAAUCAACUAUGUGAAAAAUGCUAAAGAACGUAUAGUUGAAAGAGGCAAUGGUCAAUACAACUUUAAAGCCAUUCGUGAACAAUUCAACAAGACCCUUGAAGCAGAUUGCAGUGAAUAUAUUGGACCAAUCAAAAUAAUUUCAACUGAAAAGAUGGGUCGUGGCAUCGCUGUCACUAGAGAUGUACCUGUUGGAACCUUGCUACUUGUGUCAAAAGGUGUUGGUGUAAUCAUUGACAAUGAAAAGGACCAGCUCAUGGAUAUUGAUCUUCGUGGACAAACAUUCAAUGACAUGAACGCUGUCAAAUCGAUUGGUUUGACAAGUCAAGCAGCCAAAAACAAUCCUUUUAUUACAAGACAAAUAGUCAAACUCUAUAGUGGUCCAGUUGAGGUGCCAAUUAAAGAGGAAAUAACCCUAGACGAUUUCAAAGUAAAGAUGGAAGACUUGUCAAAUCCAAUGGCACCUCUUUCCGUAGAUCGUAUAAGAGGUAUCAUCAAACACAAUGCAUUUGGCGAUGACAAGAAACCAAAGAGAAGUGGGUUGUGGCCAUUACCAUCGCUCAUAAAUCACAACUGCCUGGAUAGUGUUUCACGAUUCUUUAUUGGUGACAUGAUGUUUAUGUAUUCUGCAACCAACCUCAAAGCAAACCAAGAGAUUUUUAUCUCUUAUGUUCCAAAUGUCAACUCGUACCCAGAAAGAAAAAAAACAUUGGAAUCGUUUGGCAUCACCAAUUGUCAUUGCCAGCUGUGUGAGUUGGAUCGUCUGGAAGCACCUCAAAGUAUAAACGAAAGACAACGUCUUUAUCAAUUCUUUCAAGAUAAUUACUCUCGCCGAGUUCAUCAAUUUGACAAGACAGUGAUUCCAGUCAUUGAAAAGCAUAUCCAAGCUCUAAAGAGAACCUACAAAAAUGAAGAUCAACGUUCUCUUGCCUUUGAAUUAUUCCAUCCAACCUCUGCACUUGCACUCUUGUACUCAAUUUCUUCAUCUGAAAAAGCAUUUAAAGCUCAUUUAGAAUGUCUCAAUAUUCUUGGUCUCAAAUUAGAUCAAUCAGAUCUCCGAUCACAUAACAACAACAACAACAACAAAAAGAAGAAUUCAAAGAUUUCAUUUGAUCCAAUUACCAUUAGUAUUCCAACUCCUCUUGUACCACUUGACUAUUUAUGUGUUGAUCUAUAUCUACAUAUUGCUCAUUUCAGUUACCAAUUAGGAAACAUUCCAUUUGCCAGAAAAGCUCUUGCAUUGUCCAGACUUGCUGGAAAAAUAUUUCUUGGAUUAUCUACUCAAGACCACACAGCUAACAACCAAAAGAAAGGAAUAGAUAAUAAUUUGUUUUUGUUUAAAGAUACUAUCCAAUUUAUUUGA